AUGUCGAGCGCUAGCAGUCAGGAGGGCCAUAAGGGACUCGAAGGACUCAAGCGCACGGGUUCAAAAGGAAAUCUAGCCGGUCUCAAUGGUGCAGGAGUUGAUGUGCGAAACAACAUGGCUUCCUUCCAAAAAGCGGCUAGCGUGGGCUCAACGAAAAAUCCUGUCUCUGCUUCGGCGACACCCACUAUUAACACUCCCUCUCAAGGUCUUCUGAAAAGAUCGAGAUCUAUGGGGACGUUUGAUAGCUUCAUCAACCGUGAUACAACUGGUGUGGACGCUGUUAAUGCGAUCUCUAACCAGGCCAUUGUCCCAGAGUCAAAUUCUAACAAUUCGCAAGCACAUCUCCACCCAACAGAAAUUCAAGCAGUUACCAAUCAAACACCUGAAGAGGUUUCUGACACUGCUCCUAAAGCUUCACCGAGCUCAAAUGUGUCAUUGGAUAUGGUCACGUCACCACUGGACGAUAGUCAACUUCAACAUGAACCUAUGGCUCGCGUAGAUUACUUUUCCCAUGACUGGAACGAGUCCGACCUUUCUUCUUCUUGGCGCUAUAUUGUGUCUCGUCGUCAAGAGAUGGCCAAUAGUGCGCGCUUAGAAAACGCAUCAUGGCGCACUUGGGCUAAAGCCAAGUACAACUUGAAGACAGUUAGCCCCGAAAGUCUUAAUUGGCUUAAGGAUUACGACGUAACUUGGCUAUAUGGCCCUCUCUAUCAUGAGCACUCAUCGCAUGCUGGACUCUCAGGCUCGCAAACAAACCUCCACCCACGUACGACCUCAGAAAAUGACGCCGCGGCAGCGGCAGUAGCCGUCGCCACAGUUGCUCCGGCUACCGAUGUCACACCUUCGACUACCGCAGCAUCUUGUGCCAAUACUAGAGUGGGGCCGAAGUCAAUUUUGAAAAAGAAGACUUUAGCCCAAAUCAUGCUCGAGGAAACGCCAGGUUACACCCCGGGUCAUUCGGGCUCAGAGACAACUAAUUAUCUUCGUCACCAUAUUUAUCGACAGGUUCCUACUGGUCAAAAUCGUGAAAGGAUGGCGGCUUUGCUCAAUCGACAAUACGAACAAAGCCGUACUGUUGGUGGAAGUACUGAGGGGGCUCUAGAUUCCGAUUAUCCGGGCUCUGGAAGCAUACCUCAAACAAACUACUCGGACAAUAACUCACCAUCCACUGUAAUAAGACCCGCGUCAUACAGAACUGCAUCUCAAGCAAGUGCCGCUAGUAUUGCAUCAUUGGGUUCAACAACUUCGCAAAGUUCGACACGCAGAGUUCAUUUCAAUGAUCGUGUUGAGCAAUGUAUUGCAUUAGACAUUGAUGAGUCCACACCUUGCUCCCCAGAGAAAAGCGAGCCUCCUAGAGCAAGCGCUAGUCACUCUAGAGAUCGUAUCAAGAAUAUUCUCGGUGGAAAACAAGACUCUGAUGACGGAGACGAAUCGAAUUCCGAAGCGGACGACGAAGAAGAUGAUGAUGACGAGGGCGGUCUAUUCCUCGGUAUGCGCCGCCACGAUGUUCAGCAGGAAGUUGGGCAUACAAUUAUCGCCCCUCUUCCCGCUACCACACUGAAGUACGAGGAUACUGAUGAAGAGGUCGAGCCGGUGGUUCUUCAACCUUCUGCUCAACGAGGUGUUCGAGCUGGCUUCAGCGCGAAUUAUGACUAUUCAUCUGUUUAUAAAAUUGUUGAUCCGCGUGUAAAAGCCGUGCCAAUGGCUAGCAAACCCGCAGCCGGUGCCGCACGCAAGGUGAAACCAGUGGCGUCGUUUGGGUUAAACGAAGAAGGAAACUGA